AUGGCCAUAAGUUCUAUAACCCUAGCUCUCUUGACCCUAUCGGUGUUACUAUUUUCCUUGUCUCUAGGCGUCGUCACAGCAACAGAGUCGCAGCGGAAUGAAACGGAGGUGUGGCGGAUGUACGAGAAAUGGCUUGUGGAGAAUGGGAAGAGUUAUAAUGGUCUUGGAGAGAAUGAGAGACGGUUCAAGGUCUUCAAGGACAACUUGAAGCUCAUCGAAGAACACAAUUCGAAUCCUAACCGGACUUACGAGCUCGGGUUGAAUCAGUUUUCAGAUCUGACGGCUGAUGAGUUUUCAAGUUAUUUACUUGGGGGAAAGAUGGAAAAGACAAGUGUAUCAGCAGAUAUAGGAGAUAGGUAUCGGUACAAGGAAGGAGAUGAUUUGCCUGAUGAAGUUGAUUGGAGGAAGGAAGGAGCAGUUCUUCCACGAGUCAAAGACCAAUAUCAAUUUGACAGAUGUGGAGGUUGUUGGGCGUUUGCGGCCGUUGGAGCGGUGGAAGGUAUAAACCAGAUCAGAACCGGAGAUUUAAUAUCUUUGUCGGAACAACAACUCAUUGACUGCGACAGACCAAUGAGCGAUGGAUGUGAUGGAGGUAUGGCAGGAUACGGUCUUCAGUUCAUUGUGGACAUAGGUGGUAUAGUAACAGAUGAAGAUUAUCCUUAUGUUGGCAAUACUACUGCCACGUCGUGCAGGAACAUUGAGAUGAUAACCACUCGUAAAGUUACCAUUGAUGGUUAUGAGUUUGUUCCUUUAUUUGAUGAAAUGUCUUUGAAGAAGGCUGUUGCUAACCAACCUGUAGCUGUUGGGAUGGACUUCAGAAACAUGAGAGACUAUACACAUGGUGUGUUUCAAGGACCUUGUUAUGAGAAUCAAACCCACAAUGUGGUAAUCGUGGGGUAUGGAACAUCAGAAGAUGAAGGAGACUACUGGCUUAUUCGUAAUUCAUUCGGACCAAAGUGGGGAGAAGAGGGAUAUUUUAGGCUCAAACGUAGUAAUACCCAAAAUUCAACCGGGAUAUGUGGAAUCACAGUGAUGCCAACAUACCCACUCAAGUCGAUCUCGUCAUCUGAUUUAUUGUCUCCCAGUGUGUUUAAAUUGGUUAUUUUGUUUGUUUUUCAUUUAAUUGGUUUGGCCUUGUUUUGA